GAUCUAGCCUCACCUCCCCUGGCUAGUCCUUCAGGAACGUCUCAGACUACAGAACAUUUACUUCAACUUCAUGUUUUAGCCUUUAACUCUUGCUGGACCAGUUCAAGAAAUACAGUCGAGGCUGUCCUCGGAUCAUGGGAUGUGAGGGUUGUUGUGUCUGUGGGUGAAAGAGGGGGGCGGUGGGUGCUCUGCUCUGCUCUGCUCGGCUCUGCCUUGCUGUGCUCAGUGCAGGACGCAGGAGAUAGUCGCUCUCCAAGGUGCUGAAAGUCGGAGCGCUCCUCCUCAGCGGACGAUGAACGCGACCUCUACCGAAAAACCGAAAAUCAAAUAAUGCCUGACUUCAAUUCUGAAUGGUCUAAUUUUUUAUACUCUUUAACUUACACUCCCUUAUUGGAUUUUCAUUUCUUCUAACGCAACCGCGGGAUGUAUGCGAACAUAUAGCAACAAGACUGCCUGCUGCUUUCUAAUGUUCACCUGCGUCGUUUGGAAAUACUGAAUUGACUCUGGAUUCUCAGGGAACGCUACAGAGGAUUUUCUUGGUCCCUCUCCCGAUAUACCGCAUGCCUUUGGACGUAAACUGUGAUAUUGUCUCAAAAAUGUGAGUCCGAGGAAGAUCACCAUGAAGCAGACCUACUUUUAUGUGGAUAUCAUUUUCUCCGUGCUGGAAAGGGGGGACCACAUCAACAAAAGGCUGGCGUUUAAUAGCUUUUAAAUCCACCACACGACCGAAAGGGAGGAUUAUAGUGUCUGGUGGAGUCUGGUGAAUUUACCCGCUGGAUAAAGUGAAGUUUCCAAUAUAGGCUUGACGACUACCUUUUAUAUUUUCUGUGUGCUGGGCUCUCCGGAUUCACACCAAGUGGAUAUCAAGCAAUUUUCAACGCGGUGAGUUUGUCCUUUGGUAAAUGUAGGCUACAUUCAUGUUGUCACUGGCUUUGCAGUUGAUCUAAAAAGGUAGAAAUAAUUGUUUUUGCAGCGGUAUAUCCGUCUAGACUGUCUGAAUUCUGUUCCGUGCGUUUCCUCUCUGGGUGCGUUUUUGGAGGGGCUAAAUCACUGCGCAUUAAAGAUUUGGAACAUUUGCAUGUUGCAUGCCUUAUUUGGUAACAGCAUGUAACUGUAAGUACAUUGUUGAGGCACAAACGUGUAAAAUCAUUGGCUUCGCGGGAAAUUAAAACGGGUCUAAUAGCUACCUGUUGUCUGUGGUCGCUCUGAUGGAGUUUGAAAUUGCGCAAAGAUAGCUCAAAGGUUGGAUUUUAGUCAGCCAGAAGAAUACCGAGAUGACCCCACUCCACCCACUUUAGAUUAUUCAUGCUUUAACCUUUCCCUUUAAUGUUUGACGCUGGAGAUUCUGCUCAGAAUGUGGACUUUAACACACCCAAACCUCCACCAACACAAAGCAAAGGACAAUUCGCCCACAGAUAACGUUUAUUCUGUUAACAAAGGUUUUUGUUUCAUUAGGAAUGACGGCAUUAGCCUGUUGAGUCACAUUCGUCUUUUGGGGGUUGAAUUGAUGCUGUAAAAACUUGAAUUGUUCAAUAAACAUGACUGAUGACAGCAGGGGGAUCACAUUGAGAGGCUAGAGCUGAACUGAAAAGUAUUGAAAUGUGGGAAUUUUGUGGUCAAAGGGGGUGUAUCAGGACUGCAGCAGUGAAUCAUCAUCCAUCAUAUUAUCUCUUAUCCUCUCCACAGCUGCCUUCUUCCUCAUGUGGUGAUGACUAUGGUGAUGGUAAUGAAGCGCAGGACGGAUCCGGUGAGGAUACCAGGAGCUUAGGGAUGACAUCCAGACAACCUCGUUGAAUGUGGGUAUCGAUGCCGCGGCGAAGGAUGGGUAGGAUGGGCCCUCUCCUCCUCUCGGCCGCCUGCGUCCUCCUGCUGGCCCCGAGCGCCGUGCGUCCGGCCUUGGUGGGAAACCCCGAGGAUUACGCCGCGGACGAGGCGGAGCGUACGGCCAGUGACAACAUCAUCUUCGAUGACUACAGGGGGAAAGGGUGCGUGGACGACAGUGGCUUCGUGUACAAACUCGGGGAGCGCUUCUACCCGGGACACUCGAACUGUCCAUGUGAGUGCACGGAGGACGGGCCUGUGUGCGACCAGCCAGAGUGCCCUAAACUGCACCCCAAGUGCACCAAAGUUGAACACAACGGGUGCUGCCCCGAGUGCAAGGAGGUUAAAAACUUUUGCGAAUACAGGGGGAAAACGUAUAAAAUUCUGGAGGAAUUCAAGGUAAGAUCUAACCCGUACCCUGUCAUGCCCCUUCUUUAUUUUUUGUUUUACCUCUUUGCAAGUUGGUGCAUCAGCUUUAAAAAUUCAUACUCUUGCACUUCACGAAAAAAAAAGUGUAAAAGUAUAAAUGUGUCAUUGACAUUUCCAGUAUGCGUCAUUCAGGGGGUGUUUUGUUUAGUUUUUCGAGAAUGGCCUGCUGUUUGCAAUCUGCCACUGUAUUUGUGCAGUUAACAUUUGUCCUCUGGUAUAUUGAUGGAAAAAAUGUAUACACUGAAAAUCAACUUGAAACUUAAAGAUCUUUUGCAGUGCUGCAGAGAGACAUGUUGAUUCUAGUUUACCAGGUUGAUCCACCAAGGCAAGUCUGGAUGUCCCUAAAGCCACUACCUCUUAAAACAGUCUAAGUGAUUUGGUUUGGAUUUCAAACCCAGUAAAACUACUUUCCCUCGCAAGAACAGCAUGUUCAUGACAAGAACUAGACAUGCACUGGUUCAAAUGAGGGGCUAAAUCAAUUUUUGCUUCAGCCAAUGGCCCAUGUCCCAUAGGCUGAGGCCAGUCUCAUGGAGUAUGAAUCAAACACCCACACCUUCCUCACACCUGUUUGUGGAUGCUGUAGCUUGAGAGCUCAACAGCCGUGUUUGGGUAAACAAGGCUUCACUUAUUAUGAGUGUAUUUCACUUCCUGGCAUACCAGAAAAGUAUCAUAAAUGAAUUUGUUGGCCAAGAACACAAACAUAGCUGCCUCCCAGAGUGAUGUCAACCCCCCACCACCCCACCUCUCCCUCCACUGUCAAAUGAACAUUCAGUCAGCAUCUCUAAACUGACAGAUGCUAUAACCGUAUUUUAAUGCUCUGAUUCGUGGACACGACACAGAGUCAUAGCUGGCAGAUCUGGUUUCCCUGCAUCGCCUGCGAAGGGAGCUCUGUUGUAGAGCAUAACAGCGCUGUCUGAUCUGAAAUGAAACUUCCAGCAUGACAACUACGGUCUGUGUUUAAACUGUUGCUGCCCACGAGGAGCCCCUCCUCAUUCAAAUUCAUCACAAGUGGAUUGAGGCUGUAGGUGAUAGAGAUACAAUUUGACAUAAUGGAACUAAGAAACUCUAUAGCUACAUGGUUUUACAUGGUUUUAGUUAGUGUAUCAGUGGACUGUUGGAAAAUUACAAUUAUAUGAGAUGAGAUGAGAUGAGAUUCAAUUUAUUGUCAAUGUACAGUACAAGUACAGGACAGCAAAAAGUACAUCUCAUGCAAAAUUCUCAUUUUUUCGUACAUUGACUGAAUCCAGUUAGAUCUUGAGAAUCUGGGGCUAAAUAGGUAGAAUGUUGUUUUGUAUGUGGACUUUGUGAGUUGCAGGUCGAAGGAGAAAAGCCAAAAGUACAGUGAUCCCAACAUUUGAGACCAGUCAGCAAACUUGUAAUGAGAUGAUGACUCAUCCCUGGUGUCUUUUUGAUGUCUCACAACUCUUUUUUUCCCUCAAACUGCAGUAUUUCUACCUUCAGAUUCAAUAAAGGCCCAUGUCUAUUUAUGGCAUUUUGCAGCCACAACCACUACAAUCUCAAUUUCAGAGCCUUUUUCUCCAGCACUUACUGUCGCCAAGUUACUAAAGUCAUCCUGCAACACCUCUGAUUUCAUUGAUGAUAAAUUAAUCUGUUUGGAAAAACUCUGUGUCAUGAGAAAAUGUAAAAACUAAUUAUAAACUCAUCAUAACAUUAGGCGCAGUCUUGAAGAAAUGUGUGUUGCUGGUUUUUCCUCCUUACUUGCCCCUUUGUUUACAAAGUUGACAUUAGAUGUCCAGCCCCUCCUUGGUAUUGAUUAGUCCAUGAUCAGAAUCAAUUGUUCAAGAGGUUGCCAGUUUUGCUGCCAGAGCAGAAAAUUGCUGGUAGUGGACACAGGCCCUAAAAAAAUCACAUUUUUUGUGGAUGUUCACAAACAGCCACUUUAUUUUUUCAAAGUAUUAAAGUUUGGUCAUAAAACCCUCAACAGCUCUACAAGUCAGGAAAGAAGUAGCAUAACACUAAUUUAUCAUCCAAUCCACCCACCUUAUGUCAAGAUCGCCCUAGAAACCUCCAAUUUCAUGCCAGAGUUUUACAGACACUUGUUCUUAAAGCUAAAACGGUUAAAGCAUGAAACUGCCACUGAGCAGUACAGAGCCAAGCAUGGCUAUAAUUGCUUUGUACCUAUGCAAAGUUUUUCUUGCUGUAAAAUUACCAAAGACAUUUUUUUUUUAAAUUUGAAUCGGCUUUAAUGAAUAUUUACUUCAAACAGUAUAUUCAGGGUCUUUAAACUAUUCAUUUAGUUGGAGUGGUAUUUACAGCCUCUGGCUUUGGCCACCAGCUCUGUAAACAUUGCACUAACUAUGGGUAUGUGUGAGAAAGCACUUUGCAAGUUAUACAGUUUACUCAAUCCCAUUUAUGAGUCUAACCACCUGGUUAAUUUAGGUCCAGUUUUCAGCCUCCCACAUACAGUAUUUCUGCUCUCUAAGUGUCUUGAGCCCUUCACUUCUGAAGUUCAUUCAGCAGAUGGCUGGUAACUACAUGUGUCUGCUUAUUUGUGUUGUGCAGGUAGUAAAAUGUUUGUUGUUUGAGGUUUUUCUAUUAACUGCUGGAUAAUGCAUGGUUUCUAUAAGAGCACAGGUAGAGAAAACUUUAAAGAUUGGGGCAUAAAAACCUAAACAACACACUGAAAGAUGACAACAUGAUUCAUGCGAGAGGGUCACUUCAAAUCCCCAAUUUCCGGUUUUGAACGUAUACUCUAAUUAACUGCAUCUGUUAAGGUUAGGAAACCAACCAUUCUGGUAGGAAACCAGUAUCUAAGAAGUAAACUCCCCGAGUGUGAAUGGUUUAUACUAGACAGCCUAGUUUCUGAGCACCAUCACAAAAGAUCGACUUCUUUAAGAUACUAUUACUAUGAGAAAUUUUCAUUCAUCAGCGUUUGAGUCCCUGCAAAGAGAGAAACAGAUGUAACUCAUUUACUACUCUGCAUACCAAUUAGUAAUCCACAGAAGGAGGGGCCACUGAAUGUUUGGGGGCUGCCAAUUCUCUUUACCCACCAUCAAAGAGAAGCACAAGGUUUUAUAACAUGUAGUAUGUUUGUUACAGUCGGGUUUAUAAUGACUUCAAGGCUCAGCAAAGAAAACGUCUGCUGGGAGAUGGUGGAACAUGUUGCACCUGUGAAGACGAGCAUGUCAUGACACUGAAACUAAUUAAAGCUGGCAGGGAGGGCUACACACCGAGCAAGGUUAUGUAAAAUGGAAACAAGGGCCAUUAUUAAAAUCUGCUUCAGUUUAUCGCCAUUUGUUUUGGAGAAAUGAACAAAUUAACCACCAGUUAUUAAUGCAAAACCCUUUUAGUCGCUUUAUUUUCUCUGGAAUAUCACAUAAGCCUGUGAUACAUUGAGCUGAGGGAGUAGGAAGUCAUUGCAUGCUGUUUUGCCUUGUAAAAUAUGAUUUUUUUUAUGCCUCUAGUAGGACCAUAGGAAUAAGACAAUUAAUUCAUUAAAAAGUUAAUGGAAACACAUGAAUAACUCAGAUUUGCAGGGUAUCAUUUGGGACAUCUACAAAACAAAAACAUCAAUUAUUUCUGGUUCCAACCGGUUUGAUGUCUGUUUUCCUCUGUUGAUAUGACUGUAAAUUGAGUUAUUAGUCAUGCGCUGGCACAUAAGGAUUAAAGAAGCACAGUGUUUGUGUUAAUACAGGCCAUAUGGGAUCAGCCCAUUUGAAACCCAUGUACUUAAUGUGCGCUGAUUGGUGUGUUUGCACGUCAGACAGCAUCAGGCUCAGUCCGGCAUUGAGAUGCAAGGCCACAGCUUUCUAAGGGCUGCUGCGAGUGCAUAAGCCUUGAAGUUUGAUGUGAGAUCAAGUCCAUCAAUAGUGCAGCUCGACCUCAUGCUAACCUUGGCUGAAAGGCCCGCCGAGGGAAGGACAAUUCUUCACGCUUCUGGGGAAAUAACAUUCAUUUGUUCUUAUUGAUUAUCUAAGUGAAAAUGACUGGACAGAAAUAAAUAAGAGGAGAGGAAAUUUGUGAUGCAGGAUGAUCCCUCUUCUCCAUCUCAGACCUCACAAAUGUAAGUCUGAAGUCUUAGUCCACAUCCUGUGUGAAGGUCGAGUAUUCAGCAACAACAUGAAAGCUCCGGAGCCCUGUGGCGCUCAAGGAAAUCAAAGACUGUCAGGAUCUGGUAUACAGACCCCUGUUUAGAGAUGACGACAGGUUAACCUUUGAUGUCGGCCUCAUUGGCAUUUCCUUUUUUGGCGAAGUGCAGCAUUGUGCAGACAUUUGCUUUAUAUUCACAAAGUGAUGAUGGUGAAGGAGAUGCAGAGGAGGAGCGUCUUUUGAAUAAUAACAGCAGAGGUGCGGCCAGCUGAGUUACCAGUACUCUUGAAAGUUUGAAUGAAAAAUUAAUGUAGUCAUAAUCAAAAACACUUGAUUUUGUUUGAUCACAACAAAACAGUUUGAUCAUUCUGAAACACAUUAAUGUGAUAAGUCAAUCUAAAAGUGAGGUUGGAAGCAGCGAUGUAAUCUCAUUGAACAAAAACAACUGGCCACCACAAGCUCUGACCUACAGAUAAAACGACAGAGGUCCCUCAGGCUAGUGCAGCAGCUCAGCAGCUUCUUGAGUUGGUUUUAAGCAGAUACUCAAGGUCAUAAAAACCUCAGUGAUUCUUAUGUAAGUGUUCACUAUGUUUCUCUUCUUCUUCUUCUUCACUCUCUUUAUCAUACACACACAGUGCCACAUGGGCAUCAAAAGUGAAGUGUUUCAACAUAAAAUAAAAAGUGAACAAGUUGCGUUGAUUAUUCUGAGUUAUGACCUCUAUUGUGGAAAUAUAAAGAGGGUACAAAGCUCACUCGUCCAUCUAACUAAUGCCAAGGUGUCUAUCAAAUUUAUCCAAAAACUAGGUCAGGUUUGAGAAACUGUUACUUUAUUUUCUAAACAGCUAAAACUAUAAUUAACCAACAAAAUGUCAAAGGUUUAUCAAUUAGUAUGUAUUUAUGAGAAUGUAUUUAUUUAAGUUCUUGUUACUUUAUCUCAUGUCAUCUCAACUACUGCCAUCAAGUUGUAUUGACUAACACCUCCUCCACCCCUGUCAUAUUUGUUGUUGUUGUAAAGGCCUGGGUCUUUACAACAACAACAACCUAUUGAAAGUAGGGCAGCUCAAUUUUGGCCAAAAAUAAAAUCCGAUUUUUUUUCUGAAAACUUGAUUUUCAAUUUUGAUUUUAUAUUCAUUGACAACUUCACCAAACUUCACUUUAAAAAUAAAAAGUUUUUCUAUCACCUCUCAGAACGAAACCACCCAAGACGAGGUAGUGCAUAUGCCAAGCCAGUAAGUGGCGCUGUGAUGCUGCUGAGGAAUUGCGCAAAAGACAGAAGAAGAGUACAGAGCAUGUGUAUAAAGGUUGUUUUGGCCGGACACGCGCAGGUGCCAUAUAAGAGUUACGCUGUGUGUCACAUAAUUGUUUUUGAAGAGAUGCAGAUAGACAUCAACACAGAGAUGAAAUGGUAGUUGUUUACGGGUUUAUGCACUCUCUGACCUGUUUUUUAAAAAAGUACAGUUUACAGUCGCCCAAAACGCUGGUUUUCUGUGGAUGAAACACUGAUAUGACAAAAAACUUUCCCGUUUACCCCUGAAUUUGUUUCUGUGUGGACGGGUUGAUACCACUUUCAGACAGACUUUCCAGCAGGGACUGGUUUGCUCUUCAUCUGAAACUGUGAAGCCAUACCAAUUCCACACGACUGACUUGCUCUUGUCCUAUUUAGCCACAAAAUUCGUCUUCUUUUGCAAACGCCAUGUUUGUUUCCACUGGUAUGUGUGGGAACUGAGGAGUGCUCCCUCAGGAAGGGGAAACCUACGGUGGCCUGGAGGUGCAAGACAUGAUAUAGAGGAAAAUCGAUUUUGAUGAUUUUACGUUUUUUAACAUCAUCAUAAUCAAAUAAUCCGAUCAUGAUUUAAAAUAGAUUAAUCAUUCAGCCCUAAUUGAAAGUAUACCUUGACUCUUUCAAUGUGAAACAAAUGCAGCAGUGAUUUGCACUAACCCUUUUUGUUGUGUUACCUUAGAACCGGCCCUCAGGUUUAGUAAGUAUCCUGCAGCCAGUCAGCAGCAGGAGCUCUAAAGACUUUGGCUUUGCUUUGAGGAGCUGUCCUCUCCUCCUCCACUCUGUAAACAGUGUUGUGCCUCAGAGUCCUUUCAUUUCUGUACCUAGUGUCAGUACUACUACUUUAGUUCUUCUUUUGACCCCUUACCUUUGCAUUUCAACACUGAUACACAUCAUUUUGAAUCCUUCCUCUAUAAUAAAGAAGACUAGUUACUUGAACUUAGCACCAGGGCUUUUUUAACUGGUUAUUAAACAUGAAAGAAAGGCCAAUUAAAGUGUUUUAAUGCCUGCCGUCUCUGGUUUAGAGUCCAACAAAGCAAUUGACAGCACUCACAGUGCAUUAGGCUUUGUUUACAUUUUCAGGAGAAACGUUUCACAGCGGCGUUAAACUGCUAAAAAAGGAGAAUGUAUUAGAGUGUAUCAGCAAAUAGAUUAGAGGUUUGACUUUGUUCACACUGGGUGCCAAAAUCAGGAUGAGCAAACUCUCAAAAUGAAAGUUUCCCACAGCUGAUUGAACUUAAAUGCAGUUUAGAGGAUUAGUGAUUAUUCAUUUGUAUCAGUUUGUACCAUCUUCAAACUGUUGGGGCAGAUUUUCUACCAAAAAAGAUGUUAAAUUAAAAUGGUUUUAGCAGAUUAGAUUUGUGUAUCCAUCACAGUAUGAAACACACAAUAGCUGACAUUGACAAUGAAGGAGGGGUAGAUUCAGAGCAGUAUGACAUCCACCAGCAAACCUUUGUGCAUGAUGAAGCUGGGUUGUUCUUACAUGUUUGGUUAUAUUGUUAUUUAAAUUUUAAUUAGAAAAUUUAAAUAGUCUCAGAAAUUAAAAUGUGGAUCUGUUUGGUUCAAAAAGAAAGUCAGAAAAACUGUCCUUGAGGAGGGUACUGCUUAACUUUGAGACAUUGACUACAUUAGCAGUUUUUUACUUUUAAUUUUUUUUAGAUGAACCUGCACUCAGGCUUUAAUCAGAGCUUGUGUUUCAUGCUGCAGCAUGGUACUUUGAGUCAAACAUGUGAGCACUUUGACCACCUCUUGUCAUUUAGCCUUUGGCAUUUAGAAUCAUUGUCAUGCAAGUGGUAUUGGGCAUUUAUUCACCACAAAGCAGCUGACUGCAGUGCAAUGUCAGCAAGUAAUUUGUUGAAUCUAAUGCUGGUAUAACUCAUGCAUCAGCAACUUGACUAAUAAAUUCAAAUUAUCCACCUCGGUUUAAUUUUUGAGCAACGUAGCAGACCUUAUCAAAAGUGGACAUGGUUGAUAUUGCAGGGGGGAGAUUUGUACCAGUAGCUGUAUGUCUCUUUCUUUUGUUCUAUCCCCUGGGAGAGAGUCAUGCCACUCAACCUAAGUAGGUGUUUCACCUCCAGGGUUCACCGUCAGAUGAGGAAGGGACCAGUCCCCCCAGCAUGGCUGCCGGCGAGCCUCAGGCAUCAGCACAGCUGCAAUCAAGAGCCAGGAGAUAUAGGGUGAGUUCAGAUCCCAGAUCACCAGGCUAGGGCUGGGAUGUGAACUCAAAUGUGAACUAUCCCGUCCGUGCUGCCUGCCAUCCCCUCUAGGAAAGGGAUGCAGAAUUGGAAAAAGAGAGGAAGACUGUAAUAUUGUCAGUGACAGAGGCACACACAGUAUAUUUUAUUUUUUAAUUUAAAGGCUAGUGAUGUUAAUUAGCUCAGCUACAAUACUUAAUAUGUACUAACCUUUCUUUACAAUCCCUAUGUGAUGAGGACUAAUUUCUUCUUUGCAGGUACAGCAUACCUCUGAGCCAUUAUAUUCAUUUUCUCUGUGAGAAAUGCUUAUUGCUUUUUACACCUUUGCACCUUAAACAGAUGCAGAUGAUAGAGAAGGUUUUGUGUUUCGUUUUUACUCGUAAUAGUCCUGUCAAUACAGCUAGUCUUCACAGAGCUUGAUGCCCCAUAAUUAUGGAGGCCCACUGUGAAAGCACCUGUACCAACAAUAACAACAUUUAAUUUGAAACAGCACGCACACACACACUCAUACACACACACACACACACACCGCGAGCUGCCCACACAUCACACACAACAGUAAUUAGUGGCUGUGUUUUUUCAGCGCUGACACCUAUGAGACAAAAACAGUCAUAAAAGCAGUAAAAGUGAUUGCCCUAAAUUGAUUUUCCUAUUCUGUUUUCCUGAAGCAACACUGGACUGAAUUAGAAGGAAAUAAUUAAAUGCAAACAAUUAGGAAAUAGCCCAUUAUUAGUCUUAUUUCUCUGGGUUGAGUUCAUUCGCAUUUCAACCCUGCACUAGUGUUAAGAGUUUUUAUCCACUACCUCUCUCUCUAUCUCUCUCUCACUGUAUCCCUCAACCAACAGCUCAAUAUUGUUCUGACUUGGACUACAACAGCAUGCAGUUUGACUGUCCACCCAUUCCCUGCAUGGCUGGGAUUCCUGUGACCCUGUUGUCCCGCCUCAAUGUAUUUCACAUGACUGUUCACUGCACUAAAGGUUAUCUGAUUCGUCACUGCUUUCUCACCUUGGCCCAAUUUGUUUUAGAGUGGAGAGGAGAAGCAUGACAACCUAUUUUACUUUUUUACUGAUGAGACAGGGACAUACAGGAGACUUUCUCCUGUAAACAAAAAAAAAAAAAAAAAUGGAUGCACGUCACAAUUCGGUGCUAGUGCUCCAUUUUUUCUGUAAGGCAUGACUGAUAGUCUUCAUGAAAGACCUCGCUCAAGAGGAUAAGCUGAAAACAUCAGCUGCUGCUGAUUAUAUUUCAGAGAUUAAAGCGUGGCAUGGCCUCAUAAAGUUUUCUUUUUCAGACAAUUUUAAAAUCAAUGAGGAGGUGCUAGCUGUGGGAUAAAGACACACAAUUAGGAUAGGCACAUUUUAAAUAUUGCACAUUAGUCAUAGUAUUAGUAUAUUAUUAUUGGUAUUGCAUAUUGGACCUUUGCUUUGAUGGACAUGUUCAGCACCAAGGACAGUGCUGGAGCUGUUUUUUACUUCAGGGGGCAUUAUGAGUUUGUGAGGGUAGAGCAAUGAUAGUUUGUUUAUAUGCCUUGCCUUCAGUGCUCAUCACUGCCAGCCCUACACUUAUUUGCUCCUAUUGCUUUGCUGGUUGAUAUUUUUUGUAGUGGCCCUUACAUUACAGUACAGCAAGGUAUAUUUCUUUGUCUUCUUGUUCAUUAGCUAUGUUUUAAUCAGAAAUGUACUACAUGUAUAAAAGAGACCUUUUUAGCAUUGAGGCUUUCUCCUCGCUGCCUUUUCAGUAACUGGAUAGCUGACAGAAAUAAACAAGAGGAUAGUUGUCAGAAAUGAUGUGGAAACAAAAAUGUAUGUUUUGGUGUAUUCUUGGUAUGGUGAAAUAUUUUUAUGGUGUUUUUUUCAGGUUGAGAUUAAUUACAUUGGCUUUAAGAAAUGAGAUGUAAAGGUCCUUUCAGACUGGGACCGUUUUUAUCGUGCUAUUAUUUAGGACGUCAAUAUUUUUUUCGAACCCAUAUCCUGUCAAUACAAGCGUUCACAUCAGCGACGUUUUCCCAUCCUGCGAUAUUGCUGCAUUUGGUUUUUCGGAUCAUGGUCGAUUUUUCUAAAGUUUUGCAUACUGUGUGUCCACUUCUGACCAAUCAGAUUGCGUGUUGUUGCAACAUCUGAUUCACCAGUAUAUCCAACAUGGUCGACCUGCUGAUUGUUUACGUGUCGGAGAAUAGAGUGCUUUUUGAUCAAAGACACAAACAUUACAAAGAUAACCACCUGAAGGACAACUUGUGGAGAGUCAUAGGGUCGAUUUCUCAUAUGACGAUGGUUUGUGUGCUUGGACAGUUUGCUUAACGUCUUUGUUUUAACUUUCAUCUGUGCUAAGUAACUUUAGCUCGUAAGCUAACCUGUUCAGAUACAACAUACCAUAUGUAUUUUCACUGUCUCAAACUCAGUCGCAUUUCUGUCACAGCACCAUUAGGUCUCGGUUGUUACCUUACGUUUAUGGAUUAUAGUUUAAUGUGCUUAUCUGGUACUGGCCCCGACUCAGUACAUGCUAUUAUGACAGACAGCCAUCUCAACACCAAUGUCUAAUCAGAACUGAAAAACAGUCAGUCUGGUGUUGUGUCAGUCUCCUCGCUUCCACCCGGGAUGCGUCUUUUUUCCCCCUGGAAAGUUGCAAAAUUGCAUCGGGCUUGAUGUGUAUUGUCAGGUGCAUCAAAAUUCGCCUCCGAAUAUUUCGUAAUUUCGCGUUCUAUAUUCGUGUCAGCCCCGGUGUGUAAGGACCUUAACUCUUGUUUGUUGACUUUUGUUUGCAUAUGACAUGUAACUGCCACAAGGUUGUAAUGUCCUAUUACCUGGAUGUGAACAAGAGCAGAAGACAUCAUUUGACAGUAUUUUGGUCAGAGAUAAAAUUAAACAUUGGCUGUGUCUGGUUAAAAGCACAAUAAGCCCAGAUGUGAGCCUGUUAACCUGCAGAGAAGAAUGAGGACUUGAGGUUUUCCUGCAGACUCUGCCGAGAUCCUGUGUUUAGCCUUCAGUGUAUUGUGCUCAUGAUGAUGAGUUUUCUUGACUUAAGACUCUUCAGCUGGUAGAGAUUUAAAUAUCCAUUUAAGCCAAUGACAAGUGAGUCUCUUCAGAACAUCACUCGUGUGCCUCAUAUUAUGUUGAUUCGUGAUAGGCACCAACCAAACUAGCUUUCUCUUUUUUACUCAGUGAAGGAGAUAUUUCUUCAUGUGACCUCUGAGAUGAAUAACUCUUUUGUGGUGAUAUGGAUCGACUGCAGACUAAUUGCUGCUCACCAAAUUAUUGCUCUCCUUGUUUAAACAUUUUUUAAUCUUCACUACAAAGAUGAUCCAGUAUGAUUCUGUUGUUAUCAGAACUGAGCCAGUAAGGAAUAUCUGUACCUUUUUUUUCAGCACAUAUGCCAAGAGACUGCCAAAAACUUUUUAUCUUAAGUGAACAAGACAAUAGCUGUGCACACAAGAAAAUAACUUAUGCACAUAAAGUCAAAAUAUGAACUUUGUAGAAAAUUGAAAUCUUGCCUAAGUUUUGUUGUUUCUGGCACAUUGUAUUUGAAGAACAGUUUGAGUUGCCCCAAACCACACCAAGGAUAUACAGUUACAUUUACUUUCAGUUUAAGUCAGUUUCACUCCUACACUUCAUCUGCAUCUCCUUUCUGAAUUAUUCAUUUGCGCCAGAAAACAAAUGAAAGAUUUGGCAGAUUUGGUUUUACAAUACUGUUCAUAUUCAAACUUAUUACAGUAUGUACUGUAUAUAUUAUCAACUCCUUAGCUCUUCACUUAAGCUGGAAACAUGCCUUGUGAGGCUGGACUGCUGCUUCAUGUGGUUAAACUGCUUCUGAUUAAUCCCAUUUUUAUGUCUUUGGGUCAUGUGUUAGCCAUUUGAUUGGCAGCUGAUCAAAUAUUCAUCUAAAUUGGACGCUAACCAUCCAAUUAACUAAUUGACCUGCUGCUACAGAGGAUUCAUGUUUAUGCCCUGCUUUCAGAGAGAAAAAGAUGCCUCAGCUUUGAUGUGAGCAACCAUUCACUGCUGGCCAAAUGCUCUGUUAAUGAGAGGAGGAGUGUUGUGUGGUUGGCCUGUUGCUAACAGGGGAGGCAGGGAGUUAAAGAUGUAUGCUUUGAUGAUACUCUUUAAAAAUCUCUUUUAUUAUUUAUUUAUUUAUUAAUUAUUAUUAUUAUUAUUAUUAUUAUUGAGAAUUUUGUAUCCAAUCAAAACUGGAUGAUUGAUUCAGCUUAUUAAGACAAACUGAAUAACAUGUAAACAGUAAUUAAACACUACUUUGUUUUACAGGAUUAAGACAAUGAUAUCAAAUGUGCAAUAUCUUUGAAUAUUUGAAUUAUUAUUUGAAUUAUUGAAUUUCCCUUCAGGGAUCUAUAAAGUUCUUCUUAUCUGAUGUGUAUUUAGGUCCCUAGUUUAAAGUCUGGAAGCCAGUCUUCUGUAUAUAUUACCAAAAUAAUAACUUUAAAUGGGUGCUGGGGCUAACUGUAGAAUAGGACACCACUGAUAAAGAGUGUGGACAGUUGACGUCAUGAGGAUGUAAAGAAGGCUAGACAUCUGCAGAGCCUCACCUUAAUGAAGAGCAGGGAUGGAGGUGAUUGGGGUGGGGGAUGGUUGCAAUGACGCGUUUGACAGCAGCCGAACCAUGGUUGAUUGGGUUGUGACAAGGGAUGGGCGAUAUGGGCAAACAAAUUUGUCACAAUAAGUUUUGCCAUUCUGGCGAUAACGAUAAAGUCCCAAUACAAAACACUCUAAUUCCAAUCCAUAACCUUUACCACAUAUUUAAGUGGUAGAUUAUGUCGAAAACUAGUGACAUCAAACAAGCCUGAAAUGUGAAAACACUUUUAACAUUUAUUUAAAAUUCCCUUUGCACAGAGUGAACAGCAACAGAUCCACUGUCUGAUGGCAUACCUGACUACACUCGUCUACACCCCAGUCUUCACCACCUUUAGCCAUGUUUGUUCGUUAUUUUGCUCUGUGUGGGCUACGGCUGUGAGUCCGCCACUUGUGCUGAUGCCUUCAGCUUGCAUUUAUCGCAUUUAUCAUGAGAUGGCAAAUUCUGACAAUAAAUCAUGAACAAUUAUUUAUCGCCCAUCCCUAAUUGUGACAAAAUCUGGGUUGUAAAUACUUAAAUACUUACAGGGCAAAAAGUCAUGAUUAAGCAUGCUGUGAGUAUCAAUAAGGCAUGUCCAAAAUGACAAUCAUAUAUUUUAAUAAUACCACAUUGAAUGACUUCUUUGUAAACUUAAAAUAACUUAUAAAGCUCUCAUGUGUUUAUAAUGUGUUAGAUUGCUUCAUGUAAAGGGUUAGUGAUUUCCUCUCCCGCUUGUGCCGCCUGACCACAACUGUGUCACUCAAGAGUGAAACCAAAGUUGUAUGCACUGACCCAACCUGGUCAGUCAAACUGUGGUCAUAUUGCAAAAUUAAUAUAACCUGUACAUGAUUUAGGGCCAUGUAUGCCAAUGGUCCAAAGCUGAUUUGAAAAGAUUUGGUGUGCAUUGAUCAAUCUGUUAUAUAAGAAAUCAAUAUGAGUCAUGAAAGAGCAAAACUAUACAUAUAUUUUUUGGUUAAUUGUUUACAGUGAAAUCAUCCUGAGAAUUACAUUUUGCACGAGUUUUCACUGAAAAAACAAAAAACAAAACCUUCAUACCAAUGCAUAUCUGAAAAAAUUUUGGCCCAUGUUUGCACAGAUAUAUUUGCCAACCACUACAUUAAAUAGAUUCCUGGUUUUAUAUAACAUGCUGGUAGUGGUCAUACAAGGAUUGUUUAAAAUUUUCCUGAAAUGUGAAAAACCAGGUUAUUCAUAUUCUCAUUCAGGCUCUUGUAGUCUGAGUUAAUGCAGGUCUGUCUGAUCCCUCACUUCAGACUAUCUAUUUGUGCACCAUUCAAGCUUUUUUAGUAUUCAAGCAUGAGCCCAUUUUUGAUUCUGGCCAGAAUUCUGAUGCAUUUUGGUUUAAGUUCCCCCAUCAUAAUAAGAAAAAAACACAAUAACAUAUUAAUCCACUGCAUUUGGAGUUUAAGCCACUUUUGGAUGCUCUCUGUAUCCUUAAAAACUGUUUAUAAUAAAUAGGGCUGGGCAUAUCUAUCAGACUGAGUGGGUGUUUCAACACAUCUAUCAUGGAUAAGAAGCAGACUUUCACUCUAUCUUUCUAAAAUGAAGUUAUUGUGCUGGUGCCUUAAAACUGCAGUCUUUAUUUCCCUUAAUGAACCAAUGUAAUAGGUAAUUUUCAAAAACUGUGUGAUGUUCAUUUUGUAAAUGAUCCCAUUCAGAGCCAAAUUGACCAAAAAAAUGGCAUGCCUUUAGGCGGGACUGCUGGUGAUUGGCAAGUCAUUACUAUAUCUAGAUGUGCACUAGAAUACACUAAGCAAUGCAUAUCCAUCAUACAGCUCAAAUCAAGUCAACUGAAGACUGUAAAAAUACCAGGGGUGACAAGACAGUGGACAUGUAUACAGUCUAUGGUUUGGUAAUAAGCCGUUCAGAGACCAUUUCCUAUUUGGAAAUUCAGUGGUGUCAGUUAUCCCUCCAUUAAUAGUACAAUAUUGGAACCACCUUCAAAACAAGUUGUGCAACCUCUUAAACCUGUCAUUGUGGCAUGCAUGACCAUGUUUCAUCUCCAAAUAAUGAAAAUUGGACAUGAGGCUGUAUUUAGAUGAGUGAUAAACUGUGAUUUACAGCUGUGUUAGUCCACCACAGCAUCUCUGCGUCUGUUGCUAUGCUCUGACUUGCAUAUUAACUGGCUUAUUAAUUGCUCAUCUGGGUUUCUGAAACCAUUCAGUGCCUUCUUGCAAUAAUAAGUAUCUAAAAAUCCACCAAAUCACAACAGGGAUGUGCUUGGAUACCCUAAAUGAGAGUAUGCACCUCCAUGUAAAGAAGAUACUAAACAAACAAUAUGAUGCUCAUUAAUGCUAUACACUAUUGCUUCAAUCCCCUGAUGAGACAUAUUUAUUAUUACCUCACAUAAUCCUAGCUGAACCUGGGUUUUUGCUGCUGGAAGAGUCAAAUUAAAGUGUAAUUGCUUUUAUAUGUUAGCCAAGGUUAAUGUUCCUCAUCUCCAGUCAACCUGGAACUCCCAUGGGAAACAAAGCUGCACCAGCUUUAAAUAUUUAACUACUAAUCCCAAGACAAGGCCACAUAUCCCUGUUGGAGAAACAUGCAGGAUGAUAGAGUUGGAUCCAGUCAUGACAUCAUGAAGCCUUAUUGUAUGUGUCAGGUGCAGCCCUGUAAUCCCACCCUGCCAACCCCCACAGGUUAAGCCUGUCAGAUUGACAAAAUGGAGUCCAUCUUCCAUAUGUAUGAGACAGCAUCUCGCUGUAAUUCGCUCGCAUGGGUUUGUGUGUGCUCAAGGGGUGGAUAACACGACUGCAGGGAUGUGUAGAAAAAAAACUUUUUUUUGCCAGUGCUUUAUUCACUUAUGUGGACUUACUGUGUGUCAUAUCCUUAUGGAUUAAUAAAAUCCGACAGGAAUUCCCAAUAAGACGAGAACUACAUUAAAGAUGUUCAGGUGCUGUUAAUAAAUGUGUUUAAAGAAGCCUUUAUCAUGUUAGUGCAGUUUUACUAGAAAGAGAAAAGGCCCUGAGAUGUGUCUCACAUCAGGAAGCAGUGGAUCUAAUAUAUGCAGCAGACACAAUGAAUGAGCAAACAAAAUCAAUCAUCAUUAACAUCACUCAGAGUGGGAGUCAUUUGAAGAAGGAACACAGCUUCUGAUACCAGAAUACAAACAAGAUGUCGGCGUUUCCACACAAAAACACCCUGACUUUUGCAACCCUCCUUUAUUGCCCGUAAGGAGUCGGUUUUUAACUAAAUAUAUUAAUAACAGUUGGUCCCUUUUCAUAAACAUCACAUCUGAUAGACGGGUUCACAUGCUUAUUUUUAAUCCCACUGACAGUUGUUGACAUAUUGGAGGAAGCAUUAUCAGCUGAGACAGUCUUAUUAAUGUUCUACCUCAGGAAACAAUGGAGUAGAGGCUCUUUAAGGUCUGAGUCUGGAUCGCCUCUGCUCUGAUCCUUUCACAUCAAACAUUUUAUUUCAACAUGAUUUUGCAGAGUUCAUUCAGAUGGCAAUAAUUCCAGUAUGUACGCCCACAAUCAGAGAACAAGUUCUGCAUUCCCGCUGUUCCUCUCUUCUCUAUCUUUUAAUGUUGCUAAUAUUUAAUUUGUGGCUCUAGUGCAUCCAGACUGCAAUAAAUUCCCUUAAAAAUACGAGGCUGACUUCCCAUUUUGUGGCUCUUAAUGCAUCCUGGCAAAGCUGGCUGAUAAAAGUCACAUUAAAGCAUCCAGAUUUACCACAGCCCAUUCACUUAUCUCUGCACAAAACUGGAUUAUGAACAGAGGAGCUGUUGUGGCUGUUGUUGUUGAAUGGGGUAAUAUAUUUUCUGAAGCUAAUGCAGUUGUGAAGGUUGAUUUGCAAAAUAAAAAGGAAAUCUUCUCGCCGGCACACCGCUCAGUUUUUAAAGGACUAGUUUGAGUAUAUUUUGUGUAAUAGCCUCAUUUGUUUAUAUUUAACCAAGUCUAAGAUGAAAAGUUUGACACCAAAUAUCUGGUUUCAUCAAAUAUAAAGAUGAAACCAGUGGGCUUAGACAUGUUGUAAAUUUCAAGGCAAGACAUUUGUGUUCAUGUUAAAUCUCUUUUGCUAUGUGUACAAAAUGUCAUCAUCUCUCCUCUGAUUGGCUACUGUACUAGAUUGUAACAGAGACUCUAUAAGACAGGAGAAAUAUGCUGCUGACACUCUGGCUGUGUUUUUCGAUAUCUUACCUCUUGUGAUUCUGCAAUGAAAUGUAAGAUAGUACCAAUAUUUUGCUGCUGUGAGAUUCAAUAUGUAGGUACAGGAGCCAAUGAUGGCCUAACUGUUGGUUGUGGCACAGUUACAAAACUGAUUUUCAGUGGUAGGGGUUGCACAGCUUUAUAUUUCAAGUAGUUUCUGGGCUUUUGAUAAAAGUAGUUGACCCGUUGUUAUGUAUGAUGGAUGCAAAAAGACUAGCACGAGUUCACAAUAACAAUUGUACUUGAUAACCCUAAUACCUCAAAUCACACAAUAUUUACACAAAAAGAAAAAAAAUAGUUCGGCUUAUCUAAACCAAACACACCUUUAGUUCAAAUGCCAGCCUCUGGUCUUGAGGAAUGACGCUGUUACAGAAGUGCUAAAACUCGCAUUUCUAUAAGUCUCCUCUAGAGGCUGCUGCAGAAGUACCAAAAACCACAUACACAAGGAGCAAAGUUAAACUAAAUCAAACAAAAUUACUGACACACUUAUUAUACAGUGUUUGCUUUAGCUGCACAUCAGCACCAAUGUCAGCCCCUUUCCCUGAUGUACUCACCAUUUGACUUGUUAAGAUUGCCAACAGUGCCAACUAGUGGUCAACAAGUCAAUGAGGUUGUGAAACUCCCAAUAAGUCGCUCAUAAAGGGCUCUAUUUUAGUGCAAUAAUUAGUCAACAACUAAUAAUCUGAGUCAGCACAUACAUUUAGAUCUAUAUAGAUAUAUUCUGAUCUUUAUCUGAUCUGAUGAGCGCGUUUGGCACGCGUUUGGACACACAACCUGGACGAAUCAACACAGCUGAAACCGCAUUAAAUUAAAUAUCUAGUAAAUUGACACACAUGAUGAAGUUAACAAGAUAUGUAAUUCGUCUCCCUCCUUUUCUUUCUUCCUCUUCCUCUUAUUUCUCGCGCAGCUCGACCUGGACACGUAUCCGUGUCCUCUCUCCGUCCUGCUGCAGCGGCUGAACAGAUGAUUUGUUUCAGUGAUCAGAUGAGUUAUUUACUUUAAGCCUACAUACAAAUAUUUUAAUAUUCAGUUUUGUGAGCCAAAUUUAUUUUAUAUGCCAACAUCUAUGAAAGAAAGAGCCAGGCCACGGAGCGUGAUGCGUCAUUUACGCACAGAUGCUCCCGAUUUUAAUGCCAUUUUUGGAAUUUAUGAUGCGAUCUCUGCACACAACCCACUUUUGUCACGUGAGGUUUAAAUAUAUGCAACUUUAUGUGAGUGUUGUUAUUUGUGGAAAAGGGUGUUUGUCUUACCAGUAGGUCUAAAACUACACACACCAAAUCCAUCUGUGCUAAUAUGAGACAGUGUGAAGGACGCCCUCUACAGUUCUUACAGCGACACUUGUUGAGGGGCUGCCUUCUGUCGCCAUCUUGUGGCAUUGCUGUCUUCAGCCAUCACUUGAUCUCUUUGACUACUUCACGAAAAUUGUAAUAUGCCUCGCCGGUGGCAGAUUUCAAGGUGAGGAGAGGAGCUGAUGUUAUUGGUCAAUAUAGGUCUCGGCUGUGUUAAAUCCACUCCAUGCCCUCUCCCCUCCCUCCCUAUGACUUACGCUGCUGGGAUGAGCUGAGUUAGGGAGGGGAGAUACUUAUGCCAGUUGUGCCAAUUGUGCUUGGGAACGCCUUGUUGGCGCAGUGGACCUGACUUACCCCGCGCCUGCGUCACGUCUCUGGCGAGGCACGAAAAUAGAGUCCAUAGACUUUUUAAAGAAUGAUAUGGCAUGCCAGGCCAUACUUUCUAUAGCUCCACUUAUCAAAUUAUCAAAUAUAUAUAUAUUUUUAAUGAUCUUUCAGUCAGAGCAGUAAGCUGUUAUCAACCUGAUUUGUACAAAAGUGCUCACUUUUUGGAAAAGUUUUACUCAGUUUAAAAGGAUGAUUAAUUAGUUGCUCUUUUGCUAAAUGCAGGUUCCUGCAGCAUCCUUCAUCAGAUUAGCAUAGUAGAGGAAUCUAACACUAGAGUCACUCAACUUUUCACAGUCUUACCUGUCUGAUUCAAAUCGACACAAAGUUCUGUUUUGCUGUGGACUGUACCGGACUGAGGGAUCUUUGAUGUUUUACUGGUCAGGUAAAUUUGUAUUUUGGGAAACCAAAGGGGUGCUGUCUCAGUCCCAUCACACUCAAUAAGCUUUAUAAGCAUGAAACCAAAACAAGCACCAAAAAAACCCUUUUUUUUUUUCUGAGGUUAUGGGACCUGUAAAUUCCUGUAGCCUUUAUUAGUUACCAAACAACACAGCAAACUGGAGAUGUCUGCUCGCUUUAUCUUGUUCUUUGAUAGUUUUAUUUGUUUUUUAUGUGUCAUUGUACAGCACUUUGGCUACCCUUGUGGUUCUUUUAAAUGUGCUAUAGAAAUAAAGUUGAUUGAUUGAUUGAUUGAUGUCCUUUUAAUUAAUGCCAGAGUUACUGUCAGAAUGUAGCUAGCUUGUUCUGUUGCCAAUCUUUACGUAAAGUUAUGCUAACAGGCUGCUGCCCACAACUGUAUUACCAUAAAGAUGUGACACAGCCUCCUCAUCAACCCCACAGUGAGAAAACUUCAAGUGUAAUUUCCACACUGUUGCACUGUUUCUUGUAUCAUGUAGCUGUAGAUAUCAUAUGACUCUUGUACAGCUAGGGGUAAAAACUCAGUGUGUGUGUGUCACCUCAUUCUCAUUCAAGAGCCAAAGAUUGCUCAUCAAGUAGCUGGUGUUGAAUAUAAAUUGAUUUGUUAUAGCAUAUUGACAGCUGCAUUUUGGGGAAGUUUUAGACUGUGAAUCAUUCAAAUGGAUUACUCACCGUGGUCAUUAUGACUCAUCUGAACCAUUUUGUUCGGCUGCUGCUGCUGCUCUCCACAUACACUGACCUGCCUAACCUUAAAAAAUCAAUACUUUGUCAAAUGCAAACUGCAAAGCUGUGAUGACGAAUGAAGCAUCUGUACCCUUUAAGGUCGGUACAAAGUACUGAGUCACUGACAGAUCAGACCUGGUGCAAACAGGCCUCUCAAAAGAGUGUUCGUUGUGAUGAGCAGAAAGAAAAUAUAAUUUGAUGAACGGCUGACCUUUCAUGAUUUGAAAACAGUUUGUAUUUUUCCACUCCAUGUAAUUGCAUUACAGUUCAUUUUACGGUCAAGAGACUUUGUAAAGAUGGAGUCAAGUAAGAGGCAGUGGCACAGAGAGCUGCAUAGCUCUGAUUUACAUGUUGCAGAGGUGGUUAGAUAAGCCUGAGCUUCCUGAGGCAGCAGAAUGCAGCAAAAUACUAAAUAUCAUAACUACUGUUUAAUAGACUUCCUUAAUAGUUAUUUCCUGGGAUUUUAUUCCAAGUCAACUGCAGGCGCUCUUUAAGAUGCCACUAGUGUAAUAAAGCUGGGAUUGUGCAUAAUUUAUGAACAUGUCUCUUUGUUUAUGAAGAAAUGUCAUAUAGAGACAUAUUCAAGUAGGAAGAAUCAGUAAACUGCACACAGGAGCAGGCUGUUUUGCUGUAAUCAUGUUGAGUACACACAAGGUGAAACCAAAUGACUCAUCUAACCAAGAUUCUCUAUUUCUUCUCCCCUCUCUGCCCACAGCCGUCACCCUGUGAAUGGUGCCGCUGCGAACCAAAUAAUGAGGUGCACUGCGUGGUGUCCGACUGCGCUGUCCCAGAGUGUGUGAACCCUGUGUACGAGCCGGAGCAGUGCUGUCCCAUCUGUAAAAACGGUAAACACUCGUCUCUUCUGGAAUUCAACGCACACUCUCCUCAGAAGUCAUUAAAUUUUCAUUAAACUGAUGACGGCAAGUUUAUCUGCAGUAUCACCAUUUGAUGGGCGCGCCUUUAGAGGAUGAGGAUGUAAUUGAUGUUUUAUGAAUUAAAAUUAUUACCUUGGGCCUGUUGGACACUAAUGAGCAGUACUAGUUUUAAUUAUAAAUGACACACUAAGCAGAGUAAACAUUAGCCCAUUGAUUAAAGGCAUGGUAGGAGGGACUAAUGGGUCCUAGGAGAGCCUUUUAUCUCCCAGUGCCCUGACGCCCUUGUCACACACAGCCAAUCCCUAAAUUAGAAUUAUAGGAUUCCAAUGGUUCAUUGGCUAUUUACAAGGCGAGGUGGGAGAUUUCCCUUUGCCAGCAUCAAUCCUGAGGGAGAGGUGGAGCUUUAUGACUAAAGUACAGUAAGUGCCCUUCUGCAAUGUGAUCCUAGUUUGAAUGAUCAACAGCAAAUAGUGCCAGUGGGAAAAAUCAAACGCUGUUACAACAGGAUGUGGCAUUAUCUAAACAGACUCUUAAUUUAAAGUUUUACAGGCCUUCAAUGUUAAUUUGUUGAUUUAAAGUAAUCUGAGAGUUUAAAAAAAAGAGGUGGCAUCGUUUUCCUGAGCCAAAAAAGAUCCUAUUUACAUGUAUACGUAUCAUAUUUACAUGCCAUUUUUGGAAUCAGUUGUCUUAUUAUAAAAGGUGUAAUGCCCCAAAUUAUUAUUUUUUCAUGAGUGUGCCUUUUAUAAGAAGAAUAAAUAUGCUAAAUGUGUUUUCCUUUUCUUUCGAGCUGCAGCUGACCUAUAAAUGUGAAGAGAAGAAUUUAGUUUGAGGCAGAUGCUAAGUGGCCAUUUCAACACAACUACCCACAUUUUCUUUCACACUUCCGCUUAUUUCUUCUUCAUCCCCCUUGCUUCUCCUUUUUUUCCCCUUUAUAUCGCACACAUACACACCCGCACACAAACACCCACACUAACAAGGCUGCAGAAGCUGCUAGCAGAGCGCUAAUCCAGGCUGACAGGACACAGUGACACCCUUGGCAUUUCAGGGUAGGCCUGCCGUUUCUAGACUCCCCAAGGGUGCAUGGUCAGGCUCUGGCAGGCAGAUAAAUCGCUCUAGGAGUAGAUGGCCGAGAGAACAAUGAAGAAUGCUAUUUAGCUUUCAUUUUUGGCCAAGGGACAGGGUGCCAUGAAAGCAAGACGUUUACUUAUGUGCUCCUGUUAGACGUGCAAUUAGCAGUCGACAUUUUGUCUCUUACUUAAUCUGCUUCAAGCAUUUCAAAUACUAAGUCAGUAUCUUUGGUGCACCACCUUUUUAACCAGGGGCAGCUUAGACAGAGCACUUCAGAGUUUAGUGCAGUGGUUGUACUGUCAGUUUAACUCUGAAAUAACUACUGCCUUAGGGUUAUAUACUGUGACAUUGUCAUUUUGAGUUAAAGGUUUCACAAUUUUUUUUACCAAAAAUCUUCAGAGUGACUAAUGCCAGUGGUGCUUUAAGCUAAAUUCUAUUAGCACGCUAACAUGGUCACGAUGGCCCAAUCCCAAUCUCUACUUUGAAGCCAAAGCUCCUAAAUCUGAUGGUUUUAAUGGUGUUGAGCAGACAUGCCGGGUUUGAGGUGGUAAAAAAAAGAGGAAUGGGACACACCAUCAUGACAUCACAUGUUGAAAAACAACAUGCACCAUCAAGCCCGUCUACAGUUUGUUUUUGUCUUUGAUCAUGGUCUUUGCACAGAGACUAACCAUCAAAAAUCAGAAAAGCGAUUAAUGUGGAGCCACUUUGAAUAUUUAACUAAAAAGCAUAACAUGCUUUUGGUGACAACUAAAGUGAUUCAGCAGCAAUGAAUCACUUAUAUCAUCUACAAAUAAACAUAUUUAUUAAAUUAUUCUCAUAUUCAUGCAUGUACUUUUUAAAUUUAGGUCAUUUUGAUCAAAACUAUUCACAAACUACUGUGACAUGAAGAUUUUUAGCUGUCAACCAAAUCCUCCAUGCCACCAAAUUAACAAUCAAUUCUGCGGAAAGCAUGCAGAACUGCAGUGAAACUGUGUAUUUGUAGCAGUUGUCACUUUCGGGAUUACUUUGAAUUUCUAGAUGCUCAGAAAUGUCCACCUGCUUAGGUUUGUUCCAAUGCACUUCAUCUAAUACUUAUAAAAUGCAGUCUAAUCAGAUUAAAUGCCUUUGCAUUAUCACAAAGUCCUAAUAUUUCAUAUUUUUGGUAGAUAUGAAACAUAAAUGGAUCUGUUUGGUAAAGUUGAGAAAUUUAAGGGGUAAAUAGCCUACUGAUAGCCUACUUGUAUGACCGCUUAUAGUUGGGACAUGAUGGCGCAAACUGGUCUCUAAAGUCUGAGAGUUUAAUUCAGAGAAUAACCUUUUUUUAGCACAUAUCUUGAUGUCAGGUGUAAAUGUCUCUGCUUGAUACAAGCUCUGGCCUUUUACAUUGAAACACUGUGAUUUACUCAACAAGCUUUAGAGCAUCAGUGUUAGGAGUGCCACGAUACAUUAUUUUGUUUUACCUCCAAUAAAAAAUUAUAUUGUAGCCUUCAGUUUUGGCCGAUACCGAUAUUGAUCUGAUAUUGGCACAAACUUGUGCAUGACAAGUUUUGCACUCAGCUGCAACUAUUUCAGACUUAAACAAAAAUACUACCACAUGGCCAGCAUCACUUCUACUCCUUGCCACUUUGUGAGUACCUUAGUACGCACUUUUGUUGUGAUUACGUGGGCUCUGCAUGCUAGAUCCAGGUGCUGCUAGACACAGGUGCAGGAGCUGAGCCUGGAAUGGAUUGCUUGUAUUGGAGUGCUGAUAUAUGAGUUUGUAAAUGCAGGCCGAUGUUAUUCAAUAUUAAUUUUUUUGCUGAUAUCGGGCCGAUAUCCGAUAUCAGUAUCGGAUAAGGACAUCCCUAGUCAGUGUCAUCCACUCAUCUUCUGUAGUAUAGAAGACAGCUGGAGCUCAGGUCUACAAACACAGCAAGUUACUGCUGUCAUGAGCAAGGCUUGGUAACAACAGUAUUUCAGGACCUUCUGCAUAAGAGGAUACCAUAUAGCCUACAACCAAACUAAGCUGAAACCUACAGCCUUAAGAAAUUAAGCCGAUGCUGAAGUGCAACAAACUGCAGUUCGCUGAGUGUCCACUUGAGGCUGGCUGCAGAAGCACUGGGAACCACACACACAAUGAGGUUACAAGAUCGGUCAAUCAGAGGCACGGCUGACUGGACUGACAGGCAGGCGCACUGAAGGCAAAUGCAAGAAGGCUAAAAGCCUGCCUCUGGUAGGAUGACUGAGAGUUAGGUUGAGUCAGCGUUACUAGUAGGCUUUACACUUUGCAUCAGAAACAGAUAGGUGAUGUUACAGAGGCCAUGCAGUGUAAUUAUACAGUCAAUGAACUUAACUUGUUUUUUGCAAUUGGGCCCCAGACAGAGCUCACUCUGGUGUUAAUAUGUUCUUUCUUGGUCCAGCGUCUUAUCUGUCUUAUAUUUGCAAAUAAGGGCUAUACAGAAAUUUAAGAAAUGACUUAAGUCAAAGGUAUCAUAAUAACUUGAUGCUGCAGGCAUUAAUGUUUAAACUAAUAAACAAAUUUUAAAAAAAGAUUAAUCAUUUUGUAUCUUUGAUGGUUUUGGUUACAUCACCACACAUAUCAAAGUAGUGUGAGUUCAUGCUAUUAUUUCAAGGUUCCUUUGUGACCAUUUUCCAGACAAGAUAAAGAAAACUUUAUAUAAAUACUGUACUAUGGAAUAGAGACCCACAACAUACAGAGUGUUACACAGUGUUAUGGCUGAUAAUGUAGGAAGCUAUAGUGCCUCAGUAUAGCUCACAUCACACAGUUAUAAGUUCUGGUUGAGCCCAGAAAGAUAAAGAAAAGCUUUUUUUUUUAGUGUAAACAGAGCUGAAGUCAGAUCCUAUCUAUAUUUCAAUGUUUUAAAUAAUUCAAUUUCAUACAUCCUGGUUGUAACCUUGAUGUGCAGACAUGUUUUGACCUACAAAUAACCAAAUCAAAGCUUAUUUCUGCUGGCCCUUUGUCAAGACAUAUUCUCAUUAGAAGUAGUUUUUCUGCUCGUCUCUGUCUCUCUGAGUUCCACCCUGAACACAGCAGCAGAGAGACGGAAGGACAAUGAAACAGUCAGCCAUUCAAAGUGCUUAUCUUUGCACUCCACAUUCAUUAAGUCCGAGUGAUGCAGCUCUAAUCUUUAUCAUGAAUUAUAUACUGUAAAUUCAUCAGGGGAUAUAAGUAAUUAUAUAAUUGUCCUGAAGAAAAUGAUAAUGAGAAGCACUCUGAAAAUGUCCUGUUUUUUGUAAGGAUGGGGAGGAAUAAAGCAUGUAUAGAUCUGCUGGGUCUUAUCUGUUCAAAAGCUGUCAUUGUGGUUUUUUUAACAGACAUAUCAUGGAGUAGCAGUGUCAUAAAUCUGUCUUUGGUUAGGUUACAUAUUCAGAAUGACAUUUUCUGUGGAUCAGCUGCAGGAUUUUGUGAAUAGGAGGUUUUUGGUGGGUGAGUUUGUGUGGAAGUACAUCUUCCCUUAAGGCAUAAAACAAUCAUAUUUGAGCCAAAUAGACCGUAAUGAGCCUUAGUCUGUGUUCUGUCCUUAAGCUGUAUUCAGCUAAUGUAUGAUGUGCUGUGACAGUUUUGACACAGGACAAACAUUGUCUGUCUCUGGUGAGGUUUAUUGGCCAUGAAUCGAUCACAGGCUCGACAGGUGACAGUACGUCCUUGGAAAGGAGACAGGUAGCUCAAACUGUGUCCUUGUGCCUUCAAAUCUAUCUGGCUAUAAACAAUCACACUUGGCAGCGUCACCAGUCACUCUCUUUCCUCAUCAACCUCCGCUGAGUUUGUCCUGUAACCUGUGCCAGCGGUCUCCAGGCAGAUCAAUGAGAGUUAAGACUUGGCAAGCACUCUCAAUGUCUCCUCUAAGCCGAGAUCAAAGGGCUUUUAUCGGGUCCGUAAAGAGCAGUGGACUCAGCUAUACUGGGGCAAGAAAUGGGGACUUGAAGUAUCAAACGGGUCUCUAAAUAUCAAAAUGACAGACAGGAGCUCCUGCAACUCAUUGUCACUUACAAAUAAAUAUAUCAGUAAGUAGGUCCUAAACCUUUGCUCAACUGAGGAAACAUCUCACAAACCCACCACAAAACAGCCAAUGUAAAGGUUAAGUACAGUGUCAGCGUGCCAAUAAGUUUCUUAUAAGUACGAUGAUUUGUUUAUUCUUCAAAUUGUAACCUUAAAAAACUUUCUCAUUGACCUAAAACUGAGGAAUGACAACAGAUGUUUUUUCUUUGGAUUAGAUUUCAGCAGAUCUGCUUCUGUCAGGGGGAGAACAAUCACACAUUUACACACAUCUUUGAGGCAAAACUAAGUUGCAUCUCAUAUAUUUUGAAGCUAACAUGAAUAAAAUGUAGAUAAUAAUCACAGGUGCAGAAAAUAAAAUCAGUGACUGGCUAAGUUUUCAAUCUCAUGACUUUCCUCAUACAUGCCACUCUCCGUGGGAAGCUAUCGACUUCCUCUAUCCUGCAGUGCCAACAGGCAUCAAUCAACUACAACAGCAUCCAGGGGGUCUCUCUACCCUUACUGUCAAAGCCACAAAGCUGAGGUACCGCUGCAUAUGUGGUUUUAGACUUCACUGUGGGGAAUGUUUCAAUCUGCCCCCCUAACAAAGUCUCUAAAGCCUUUGUUAACAUCCCACAGUCCUCAAAUGUCUGUACAACAAUAAAACCGAUUUAAACUACCACUGGAAGGUUAAUCCAGAGGGAUGCAGACACAAUGGCCAUUUCUGUUCUCCUCUACCCCACAGUUGAUCAAAAUGAUGGUACAAAAUUGUGUUUUCUGACAUGUUGAUAAUGGUCAAUGACAUCUAGGCCUAAUUUCAACAAUUAAAGUAAUUUUUUGGAGAUUGCUGUCCCAGGUAUUCUGGGUUUAGAGAAUGAGGGAGGACAUGCAGUUAAGAGCUGCAGCCAGGAAUUGAACCAGCAAUCACAGGGAUGAGGGCUUUACGUCCAUUAGACCAUCAGUGCCACCUGACUUUAACACUUAAAUCCCAGUUAGUGUUCACUUUACUUUUAUAGGCAGCUAAUAUAGAACACAGUGCGAAGAUGGGCUGCAAAAAGUAACCUGGUAUUAGUCUUCGACAUUUUUUAAAAAAUAUUCCAAUUUUUGGAGCUGACUUAUUAGUAUUCACUUCAUGGAUUGUAAAUCCUAGUUUCUUGUUUUAAGCCUCUGUCAAUGUUCCAAUUAUGCUUUGUUUGUGAAUUAUGGUACAACUAAGACUUAAAGCUCAUGUAAGGACGUUUGGGUUUGUGAAAAUUUUGGUUCCACCUUGUGCAUAAAGCUGCACAUUUAGGGCCUGAUCUACUAAGAUCCAAAAUAGCGAGCGCUAAAUUGCAUAUGCGAACUAAAAAAUUGCACAUGCUAUUAGUGAGCGUGUUGCGGGUGCUCUACUAUCAUUGCAUGCGCAAUUGAUAGCGGGAGCAAUAGUGGUGUGGACCACCCUCUUUAGACCAGGAUUUUGCAUGCUCUAUCAGCCGUCACCAUGGAGAGUUUGUGAGAGCAGAGUGUUUGAAGCCAUGGAGUUGCACACAUCCUUUUUGGGGAACUACAUAAAAGGCAAGGGAAGUUUAUUUGUAUAGCACCAUUAAUAACACAAGGCAAUUCAAAAUGCUUUACAGAUGCAAGAAGAUAUACUAGAAAUCAAAAAAGGGAUUAAAACGAUUUUAAAUCAAUAAGACAAACAUAAUUUUUUUCGUCUGUUUCGUGUUUGAUCUUAUUAUUUAUGAAAUUGUCAUUAACCAGAGAAAUGAAAUAAAUCACAAGCUUUUGGACAAGGAUCAUGGUGUGUAUCAUGGCACUUCUGCAGCCCUCUCUUCACAAUGACCAUGCGUAAUGCUGCUCCAGUUUGCCCAGUUUGUGCCUUUUAAACGUGCCAAAUAUAGACGCAAAACAGCGACUGCAAUCGGUUUCCGAGUUUGAUAAAUCCCAUUGCAGGAGCUUAAUGAUUUCAUUUGCAUCUGAAUCUGCAUAUUCAUGAAGGCAAACACACUUGCGCACACUGUUCAUGUGCUCAUUAGACAGAUGCAGUCCUCGGUGCACCCGGUUAGUAGAUCAGGUUUGCGUGCGCUAUCACGUUUGCGCAUGUUUUUGCACAUGCAAACCUUUGCUAGAUCAGGCCCUACACAUGUACAAACAGUGAUGCUGUUUGAGUUGAUUUUUGGGACCAAGGUAGGAUGGGAUAUCUGACAUCUCUACCCUAAAGCCAUAGUGUCAGGCAACAGAAGUACCACUGAAGUUCUAGUUAUCCUUCCUGCUGAUGGUCUUCUUUGCUUACUAUGUUGAAAAAUGGCACCAGUUUGGUUUAAAAAGGGUGAUAUCAUGCUUUUCCACAUUUACAACUAAAAAUGCAAAGUCAUAAUGUUUGGUGUCCAUAUUAGAAGUAUGCAAAGUUUCAAAUCACAAGGUAAACAAAUAUUGUCAAAACCUUUAAAAGGAGAUGUGAUCAGCUGUUGUAUUUUGCACAUCUCAUGAAGUGACAACAUACAAUCUAAAUUCUAAAUCAUGUCAUGCAAGGUUUCUUGCCUCUCAUUUGUGGGUUAAAGCUUAAGCAAUAAAGAAAUGGUUGAAUGAUGCAUUUGGAAAGGGAGUUGUAUCUAAAAGUUUAGGCAGUUUGGACUCUGUAUGUUUAAAUUACAGUUUCUGUCUUUAUUAAAAGAAGACACCAAACUUCGAUAAGCUGCCAAAUCCUCACCCUCUGAGAUCUAGUAAACAUUUAUUUUUUAUACUGCCUCCUGGCUAUAUAAGAAAAGAAGAAUUGGGUUGGAUAAACCAAACCAAACUUUUAAUGAAUGUGUUACUUGGUUCAUAUAUAUGGUGUUUGGUGACUCUACAACUGUAUUAAGCCCAGUUUCCAUUGGUGACAGCUAAAUGGGGAAACAGAGAACUUCUGUAAACCAGAUAAGAUUGGACAGGGGUGAAUUGAAAGCCUUAAAUUUUAUUGCUAGGAGGUGGCACUGUGUUGUUGUUGUUUUUUUUUUCCACAAAGAUUUGUGUUUAGGCUAAGAUCUCUCAUUAGACCAACAUAUGUUGUCCCAAUCUUAUAAUGUAGAGCUUUGUUGGAGCAGUUUGAAGUUUCAUGGUAACCCAUCAUCAAAUAAAAUUGUAAGAAUGCAGAUAUGUUCAGUGGUUUUGGAGCUUACCAUCAAAAGGUGGAAGAUGACAUUUUCUGCUAUCACCAGGAGGUGCUAUGGAUGUGAUCAAAUGUUACAUGAAUGUGUUUAGGCCUGGAUCCUGAACAUGCAUGGCGAGUUUGUGUCAGAUUGGAGAGUGAACGGCUCAGAUAAGACUGUUUCAUGAGGGAAUCACUUUGACAAGUUCAUUCAGAUAUGCGCCAUGUAAACAACCAAAUUAUGGACACAUUUUAACAUUGAAAUCAAAAUGUCAGACUUUUUCUUGGGAUUAUAAAAAUACAGUUAAAUAUUUUUUGUAAGACCUUGCAUGAGACUUUUGCGGGAGCUAAUGUUCAUGCAUGGAGAUUGAACCUACAGGAAGGGCUGAAUUUCUUUUUUGAAGGGGAGUUGGAACAUAUACCUGAGUAUGAAACAACAAUGACAAUUUUCAUUCUUGAUGUCAGUUUUUGCAUGUUGAAGCCAGCCUAUUCCUGAAGUACUGGGGACUGGUAAAAAAAAAAAAAACAGUUUAAGGAAAUGCUACAGUUCCAGUAGGGUCCUGGCAACCUUGGUGUUCUCAGGCUGGAAGAGUAAAUGCAGCAUUUAGACAGAGGGCUCUGUCAGUAUUCAUAUGCCUAUCUGACAUCAAGCGUAAAUAAGCUUUAAGGCCACCUGUUUUUGACAAAUAUGGUCAUUUCUCAUGCCAAAAAUGAAUGAUAACAGGUAGGGUGCCAGAUUCAAGGCUUCACAGUACCAGCAUGUAAACAGGAGGCACACUUGCUAAUUUAAGACAUUUUUUAAACUCUGUGCUCAUAACAAGUGAAGCUCAAAAACCUAAAAAAACUGACAGACUUUUUACACUGACAACAUCUGGCUCACAUCAGAAUAAAGGGAGUUACAUCAGCAUCAACAGCAUAUACUUCCUUCAAGUGUAGAGUGACACUAAGCUAACGUUUACUACCCUGAAACUGAAGCUGACUGAAAUUUGGUAACCACUCAUCCCAUUAUUUACCCUUGCACUUUUCUGACUUUGACAUGACAAAAUGUCUGCUGUGAGAAAGACGCCUAUCUUGUUCUGUUUCCUACAAAACUCUCCUGAGCAGACAGAAUUAAUGGGGCUGCGGAGAAGUUGUUUUUGAAAAAGCUCUGUUCUUCAUGCAAAUUUGCUGUGUCAACUUGGGUAAAGAGGAAAAACAAAGACUGAGGAGUAGAGCAGCUAAUAAUAUAAGCCUCCAAACAGGAAGCUGAGACAGCCCUAUUUCACAGCAGAUAUUUUGACUUGGCAAAGCAGGAAAGGCACAGGUGUUACUAGCAACAUUAAUAAUGGCACAGAUCCCAGUAAGCCAUGACAGUGUGGCAGUGAACCAGCACGCACAACACUAAAACCCUGAAACUAAAGCAGCUAAGUGGAGUUCAGCCAUCAUCCAUUCAUUGCUCUUUUGAGCAUGCUGUUGAAAACUGUCCUUCCUGAACCAAAGUUAUUUUUCAGGUCUUCAUAUAGUGCACCCAUGUUGCUGAAUGCACCGUUUCACCGGACUACUAACUACAUGGCUUACACUAAAUCAAAUUUACAUGGUUGAUAAGAUAUCCAUGAAUAUUAUCCAUGUGAACUACUCAUGGUACAUAUGAGUAUUUAAUGACUAUACAAAGGACUCGUGAAUUGUGCAGAUUUUACAGAGCCGACUGCUGAGCUUUUGCCAAAGUCACCGUCACACCAAUUGAGCUUCUUGCCUUUUUUUAAAUGAUUAAAACUGGAGCAAAUGUUCCUAAAUCUUCUGUCUGAAAGAGUACACUGAGAUGUAGAGGUUUACAAUCAGCCUAAGGAAGGAAGAACAGAUAUCACUGGAGACUUUCGUGUGGUAUUUACCAAUAAUAAAUGUGCUCCAUUUCCUACAAAGGUAAGACUGUUUUUGGCUUCCUGGAAAUCAGAUCCUUAGAUGUACCCAGCCUAAUCUGUCCAUAUCUGCUUAGAUUAUCAAAUACAUGAGCAUGAAGUGUGCCAGUGGUACACAAUCCAAAAUGUUGGAGAAUUAAUGAAGUCUUAUCUUCAGAAGGAAUCCAAGCCAGUAAAUCCGUCAGUGUUUUAAGGAUAAAUCCGAAGUCAAAAUUGAUCUAAGUUCUUCUCAGUUUAAGAAGCCAAUGAAAAGAGUGUACAUGAUUGUGUUUGUGUGUGAGGAGAGAAACCAUGUAAGGAAUAGCUAAAGAGUUCUUUGGCCUUUUCAUACAGAGUGAAGUGAUUAACACCAUCCUCCCUACUGCCUCUCAAAGCAGAUUUCUCUCUCUGUACUCCAGCCUCUCUGUACUGCCAAGCCAGCGCCUGGCAGGCUUCUCUGCUUGCGGCGCAUUAGGAUGCAAAGCGCUCCAUGUCGAGGGAGAAGGGGAGACUAACAAAAGCGCUUUAGUGUUGCAAAAACAAGCCCAUCGGUGCAUGCCCGUGAAAAGAUCUGUACGUCUGCUCUGACUCCUCCUAACUCCCUGCAGCUCUCUGCAUCACUCCACCACCCCACCAAAAAAGACGCUCUCAGGAGGGCCACAUACAUUUCUUGUCGUUCUAACUCCAUCUUUCUUGUCUUCCUUUCCUUUCCCUUCCCCUGUGGCAGGUCCAAAUUGCUUUGCUGGAACAACGAUCAUCCCAGCCGGAAUUGAAGUUAAGGUGGACGACUGCACCAUCUGCCGCUGCCACAAUGGAGACUGGUGGAAACCAGCGCAAUGCUUGCGGCGGGAGUGCCUCAAUGGCCAGUCGUUGUCAUAGAGAGACUCUACCCGGGACGGUGGGAAAGCUCAGGCAAGGCCCUGCCUACUGCACCAUUUUGUAUGAUUGACAGGGCAGGAGCACAAUUCCUAAGCAACCUGAGACAGUGUAGUAUUGAGGAGACAAGUUUCACACAAACACAGAUUUAGCCACUGGGAAGAAGACAGGACUUGUCUCCUGGCUGUUUCCACCCUCCACUUUUAACCGUCCUAUAUAUUUUCAGAAAUUGACUUGCUUGAUUUGCUGCUCUCACACAAAAAGUUUCUAAGCUCUUUGAACUCUUUCCUAACCAUUGGCAAGUUUGAAUUGCUCAUGUUGAUUUCUGUACGUAUAUCAUCUGCUUGUUGUACUUGUCUAUCACAAUCACGCAGGUGUUGUAAAGUUCCAACAGCAGGAAAAACAAACCGUAAGCACACUUAACGGAGCUUAUUUUUUUUCAUACAAGGAUCGACACGGCACUGCAAAAGUGUGCUUGAGUUUCACAACUUCACUCUAAGAGCUUGUUUACAAGAUGCACAUCAUUCAUAAAUGUUUGUGUCUUCAUGAGACUUUUUAUUGCUAUGGCAGGAACUCACCUCUAACUCUAAGAUGAUGCUACUGUCAAUUUUAUACACUGCUGUCAAAACCCCAGAGUGCUGAUUUUGUUCAUCCACAUACCAUGGUUUUAAGUCAUGUCUCUGUUAAAUGGUGGCACACACAGGCAGGAUGAGUUGGUGCUGUAGAGUCAGCCAAGGGAAAGGAAAGACGGUACGCCAACUGUGAGAAGAGUAAAUCUUCAAUUCAGCAAAGAUGCUGCAAACCAACUUUGGGCAGCCUCUUUCCUGCUUAAUUGUCAUUAUUGUUGUCUCUCAGAGGUCCAUAUCCCCCCCAAAAAUAUUCCCUCUAACUAACUGCUUGAACUUGUUAUCAAGGCAAUUAGUGAACCAAGAGCAGCCUGCUUUCAUUUCCCUUAAUCAAAGAGUAUUCUGUGAUAAAUCAUCCAGCUGUGGGUGCUUGGCGCUGCCGCAGCCUGCAUGCUGGGCACACUCAACAAGAAGCUGCAGACAAAAGGAGGGAAUCAGCAUCUGCUUGAGCAGCAUUCACAUGCACAUUGUCCAUGUGAGCAUCUACUAGCACACCAUUCAUGCACAGCCUCCCUGCCAGAGAAUGCAGAGCUGCAUCAGGUGAAGUACCCAACUAUAUAAGCCCUGCUAUAAUACUAGACUGUUACAUUAUCCCUAUGGAAGUGAUUAUGUAAUAUAUUGUCAAUACCUUUCCUUCCUGUAAUGUCUGAAUAGCUCCUCCAAUGUGGUAUGGCCAUGGAGCUAAAACAUAGACAAGCUAAUGUAUUGCCUUGAUAUUUUCCAAGGCCAGAGAUGUCCUCAAGUGGUCCAACCUGCAAAAAAGGGAAGAAAAAAAAAAGCACCCAACCAGGCCUGGAUCACGGAAUUUUUUACAUGAUAAAUACUAGUCAUUAAUCCAAAGGUGAAUUCCAGUAAGCCCGUGCCAUUCAUCACUAGAAUUUUUUCCAUUUCCGGAAAAUCCGUUCCUGUUAACCUUUUGGACCCCAGUCCUAGGUGGUGAUGGAUGGUCUGCUUAAUAGCUGCUACCAGCACUCUGUAAUGAGACAGAAAUGUACAUGGAAUAAAGACCAAUAAGUUAAAAGGAGCAUUACCUUAAAAAUCACAAAAUUUGGGAAGAAUCUCAUAGUGUGCAGUCAGUGUGUGCUGCACAGUCAGAGUAUGGGUAGUGGAGGGAAUUGCAGGAUUAAAAGAGUGUGGGCGGACUUCAAUUUUAGGUGCAACAAUGGAGCUUGGGUCAUUUUCAUCAUUAAGCUACAGUGAUUUAGUGUCUUUCAAUGGAAAAUGACAGACCUCAUCUAUCUGGCUUGGGGUCUGCAGACUCAUAAAACAAAAGUGACAGCCGUGGUUUAUCAAUCACAGCCUCAGCGCUCCACACAUUUUAGGUUUAAUAAAAGGGGCUUCAUUCAUCUUAAUUACUUUAAAUGCCAAAUAAUUAUUCAUCCUAUACAUGUAUCUGAAAAUAUAUUGGAGUUACUUUCCUAGGCAGCAUUAGAGAGUAACAGGGGGUGAGUGUGAGUGUGCCUCUUGGUUUGUAGGCAUUGCUGCCACCAACGAUGCCUUACUGCUUCUGUUCCAGUCGAGAUUUAUAAAAUAUGGGCAUUAGCCUCAUACAGUAUGAACAGCCAAGACUGUUUUAAAUGCUCCUCUUUGCACCUCAUGUUGCAACACUUUACCAUUACAGUUUCACCAAAGCUAGUUAUAGUUCAACUCACCAAUGUUCCAGUGGGGUCACUAGCAUAUUCAGGAAGCAGCUGUUUAUUUCUGGCAUCACAACCAGGAAGGGGAGCCCAGUUGUCAUUAUUAUGUUGUAUUGUUGUGGUAUAAAUUCCUUGAAUCUAAGAAUUUAUGAGCAUUUUCACCACCUUUGAUUGUUCAGCGUUGUGAAAAAUAACAGUGGAAAUCAAAAAAGGACACAAAGCUUCGUUUGUGUCCUAAAUUAAAACAGCUCAUGGACUAUUAGGUGGCAAUUAAAAGUUAUCAUUUAGCCACUCUCAACCAGAAAAUCUUGCUUACUGUUAAGUCUGGGAGUUAACAUAAGGUGACCAGACAUCCCCGUUUUGGAUGACCUGUCCCCGGAAAUGUCCCCAAUUUAAGCGUUUCAUGAAUGAGGAAAAAAUGUUGCGUGUAGACUAGAACAACGGUUACAACGGUAGCUGAGUAGGAAGGAAGCAUGUUACGCGCAGUCCUGAACAAGAGUUUUUAUGGGGGGGUAUUACAGGAAAUGUGCGCUGCCACUAAGUAGUACAGAGUUGUUGUCUGUGAUCACACAGCCAAUGCCUCCCCUGCCCCCCGGGAUCGUAUAUUAUAAUCGUAUAUUACCUGUCUGUACCUUAGACUUCAGAAAGCGUGGACAUGGUCUCUAUGAUGUCACCUUCUGGUUUCUCCAUUCACAUAAGGUCAAUAAUAGUCUCUUAUCUUGUAAAUGCUAACUCCAACUAAUUUCCAGCUAAUCAAGGAACAAGCAAAGAGGAGGAGGUGUCCGGGAAAGAGCUACAACAUGUCUAUCUGGUAGUCAGAUCAGGCAUGUUCCCAAAUUAUGUGUAAAUCUGAGCCCUAGUGCUAUCAAGACAGAUGAGUUAUAGAACUGCCUCUCCACACAGAUGUUACGUGAAGAUAUGAGGUGUGGACAAAAUUAGUCCAUGUUGUAAACAUGGUAAAUUCCUGUAUGUAAUUAGGUACUUUUGAAUGGGCUCUAACAGGGCCUUCUUGUGAAUGUUUACUUAUUCCCAACUAAUCCAGAAACUGACAGGAGGAGGCUUUAGCUCAAGGAGUAUUCAAAGAGCGACAACACACUAGUCAGUGUAAUCAGCAGUGCUACUAAUUAAUGCAUGACAGUCAAAAUGAAUGAGUGAUUUAAACAUGUCCUACUAUUGUCAAUGAAAUAUGGAAGAAAGAGGCCAAAACCCUAUUUUUGUACUAUGUGGUAAAAAUGAUUUAUUCUGCUGUACAAAAUUAGCAUUUUAAUUUGGGCUGUGAUGGGCUUCCCUUUUGGAGCCGGCUCAAAUAACCUAUGGAGGUAAUUCAUUUUUUGCCAUUUUGAAUUGGCUUUAAAUUUCAUCUUUGGAAGUUAAGGCUUGGUCUGUACCUGAAGAGCUAUACAAUAUUAUAGUGAUGGCCAUCUUGUGUUAGUGAACUGAUUGGUUGGUAAUGUUUAUGUUUUCAACAUGCAUUUGUUGCUUGUUAUUGAAUGUGCUAUCAAUUUUGAUCAUUAUUAUUAUUUUUUUAGCAGUUGGUUGUCAAUUUAAUAAGGUUUGACCUUUAAUAAGGAGACAGUGUGUAUUGUCUACGUAACCUGCAGCAAAGUGCCAUUAUUGGCUUGUCAGAGUGGAAAAAUUGAUUCUACCUGCUCUUUUCCCUGUAUGACUUUAUACAUCCAAAAAGUAUGUCCGACAGUUGCCCCUAUACUCUCGCUAUCCAUUAUCUUGUUAGUAGAGAUGCGAUGUUCGCGAACGAGUCAGUUGUUUAAACAGCUCUUUAAAGCGAACAAGGAGAACUGUUUCACAGUGAUGAGCCAUUUGUUUGCAAAUUGCCCAUGCUACCUUCACGUGACUUGUGUGUCCCAAACACCAAGAGGUUAUCAGUUAUCUGUAGCCUGAAUAGUUUUUAUUGCGCCACUAAGUUUUUUUUGGUGAGAAAACAAUUCAAAAUAGUGAUCUCACUGUCAAAGCAUUGGGUUAUGGCACCACCUUAGGCAAUGUUUACAAUGAAAACACAAGCCAAAUGACAUAAAAAUCAAUAUUUGGGAAUAAUUGCCACUUAUGUGUACCCUAAAAAAUAAAUACAUAUUACAAAGAGUCGGUCUUUUAAACAGCUCUUUGAAAGUAACAGCUUUUCAAGAUCCGGUUCCCUUCAAAGAGCUAUAAAUCCCACCUCUACUUGACAGUAGCCGAGCAAUCAAGAAGGUGAAAAUCAAAAUUAGGAAUUCAACUUGAUUUUUGUGGUUUGCGAACCAAAGACACAGCAGUACAGCACUGUAAUGGCAUCAAAGCCCCAACCCAACCCCUUUAUGUGUUAUAAAUUAUAAAUUGUCGGGAUUACAAACAGUUUAAUCAAAGCUAAAAAUCAAGCAACUGAAUUUACUGAUUGCUCUACAAAUUGAGCAUGAGUGUGUGUAUGUGUGGAGGGGAUAGGAAUAAAUGUGGAAGCCUUUGAAAGUUGUUGAUACAAACCAUUCACAAAACCUGUGCCCUGUGAAAUUGUGCCAUUGCCACAGUCAUUGUAGUGUUGGGUUGCUCUGAGUUAUUGCCUUUGUUAAAUGAAACUGCUUUGCUCCCAUCUUCUUAAUUUUUAAGCUACAAACCGCUGUUAUCAGUAGGUGUACACCAGGGUGCAAAGAGGUAACCUGUUUUGAUCAGAAAGCCAAACCAUCCAGACGGUACAUGUACCACAGCUACGAUGGAAUGGUUACCCAGGCUGCUGGUGAGAAGUGGGGGGAAAAAAAGAGAUAUGAAAUCAAAUAAGCAAACAUAUAUAUUCAGAGCACGUAGUCAAGUGCACUGAAAGUUAAAGUAAACCAUGAAAGAAUUUUUCUCAGCCCAGCAAAUGAGAUGCAGAAAUGCAUGGGGAUUGUAGCAGUGCUUACAAUGCACUGUGAGUUGGAAUCAUCAUGAAAAUUACUCGCAAAUCUUUCCCGGACAACUAAAGAAGAUGAGUUUCAAUCCAUGUGGAUUAACAUACAUCAGCCUGCUGUCUGAAAGAAAGGGCCGCAUUAAAAAUCCUAAUAUACUUACUUUACCUGGCACAAAUCCCCCAUAUCUCCGUCUCUCUCUGUUUCAAAGCAGGCAUUACAUUUAUCCCCACAAAUUUAAGAAAGAGCAGUGUCAGACAGAUAAACUGCAGAGACUGCCUGUGUUUACUUUGCACCACAAAUCCUGAGUCUUUCUGUAUGUUUGUGAAUGUCGUUUCAGAUGACACCAUCUUUCAUUCAAUCCACAGCUUGUACAUGAGCAUUUUGUAAAGGUUAACCAUUUACUCAUCUCAUGAGACACCGAUUUACUGUAGCUGGAACUAUGAAAGAUUGUUUUUUUGUCCCUUUUUUUUCAGCAACAAAACUGUUAUAUGAAGUGUGCCUGAAAACCAACACAGAGUAUCUGGGAUACCAAGAGAGAAACACUGUUAUUAUACAAUCAAUUGUAUUAAUUUUGGGGCACCAAGGGCUGUGUUGAUCAAGGACUCAAAUGUGGGAUCAUUUCGGUGGCAAAUUUAAGUUUUAAACUGAGGAGCAUCUUUGAUUGUAUACAACUACAUGCUCACGCAGGUGUACCCGGAACUGUACAAGAAAUACUGGGUUUAAAUUUUAAAAUGUUAAACAACCCAUGGUGUUCCCCCAUGUUGUUCAUAUGUAAAUAUCUUCAAACGUAUAAUGUGUAUUCUGAAAUAUGAGGUGGAGUAAAAAAAAAAAAAAAAAAACCUUGAGAAAUGAAAAAUGUGUAUUAUUAAUCAAGACGAGAACUAUUUUGUUAAAUAGACCUAAAAGAAGUGUUAUUUGGCCAAA